CUCUUUUUUUCAGUGUCACUCUUAUUCAAGUUUUUACAGAUCAGAAUGCCAUUCGGAAACUAUCCUCUAUAGUCAAUACUUUAUCUUGUGACAGUAAAAAAAAAAAAAAAAGGCAUGAUCGGUGAUGCAAUUACCGCGAUGAUGCUUGGUGAAGCGAAAUGGUUUCGUAGAUAUUGAUGAAAAGGCCAUUCGUUUGGAUUUCAUAUUUACGAAACUCCGCUGGUAUUGAAGAUGUGUUUUUCUGUGAGGACAAGCCAACUACCAAAGUAUCGCAUAAAGACAAAAUUAAAGCCGACUAUUUAAGAGAAAGCUCACUCCGCCAUUGGUCUAGUGUCCUUCCUUACAACGAAGAAGGCACCCAGCAUUUUAUGCUCUUUAUCAUGUCACUUCGACAAGUUAAACCUGAGAAUAAUGGGAACCAAGCUUAUUAAUGGGAUUACGGUUCAUGCUUGUCUCAAAGAAACAGGAAUGGUCACUUGGAACUUUGAGGCUAUUAAACUCAUGAUACAAACUGCACAGAAAGACGACAUAGCAUUUUUAACGAAGCCAACCACGCCAAAGAUCUGCUACAGAGACGACUCCCCUUCUUCAGAAGGUAUUGAUAACAACGCCGAAUCAUCAUCUUCAUCUGUCGAUGUCAGCUGGGAAGAGGACGAAAAGAAAUUGAGAAUAAUGGAGGAUAUCGAGAACAACCUUGCGGAGCUUUUAAAAAAGACCAACGAACAGUAUGUUUCUUCUUCGUGGGAGAACAUUCAUACUGAUCCUAACACCACUCAUGCCGGUGGCGCUGCCAAUGCACUCAAGGGCGAUCAUGGUUAUGCCAACCACAACAAGACCACUGGUACCCACAAUCCCGCCGGUGUUAACCCUGAAGAGCCUGGUGUUCAUGAUUCUAGAGGUGUUCGUCAUGCUGGUGUCCCUCUUCAUGAAGGUCUUUCUCCUGUUCAAAAGAACUCUCCUCAUCAACAAGAUGGCGUUGAAGGUGAACAUGAUCUCAGUGGUUCUCCUGGUAAGGUCAAGGCUGGUGAUAAGAUCAAGGGUAACCUUGAAAAGUGUAAUACUUAA